GGUUAGAGAAAGUUAGGGAGAGAGGUAGCAUCUAAUUCCGAAGUUGUUAAUGUUAUCAACAUCGUUGGUACCCAUAAAAAACAAGAGGCAGCAGUCACAAGCUGAAACGCACCACUCCAGUUUUCGUUAUCAACAAUAACAAUAACAGACAGCAACACACCAAAAACCUCAAUUGAGCUACGAAUACAGAAGUGAGUGACUCAGUCAGCGAGUGCCUCAAAGCAAAUGCUUCCACCACACUUCCUCUUCUCUUCCUACUUCUCAGCAAUCUGUUGAGUCUUAUCACGGCUCACGAGUUUGGAUACCUUAGAAUUUAGAAAUGGCAACCUGUAUGUCCACGUGUUUUGCACCUUCCAAUGCUAGGAAUUCGGCAGGAGUGCUCGCUGUUGUAGGAGGGAAAACAUGUUUCCUCAAUCUGUGUGAGACCAAGUAUGGAUUUUCGAGCGGCAACCGAAAGUCCCCCUUAUUGCAAGUUAAGUGUUCUGCCAAUUCGCAUUUCCACGGUGUUAGUAAUUAUCAUAGUAAAGACCCUUUUCUGGAUCUGCAUCCAGAGGUGUCAAUGCUUAGAGGAGAAGGGAGCAGCAGAGUGAAUGACCCAAGAAAGGAUAGUUUGGGUGGAAAUGUUGCUGAGAGCUUAGAAGCCACAUCUACUCCGAGUAAUUACAAUGAGGCAAAGAUCAAAGUCAUUGGUGUAGGUGGUGGGGGUUCAAAUGCGGUCAAUCGCAUGAUCGAGAGCUCGAUGAACGGCGUGGAGUUUUGGAUUGUUAAUACUGAUAUUCAAGCAAUGAGAAUGUCACCUGUGUUUCCUGAGAACCGUCUGCAGAUUGGUCAAGAGCUUACACGAGGUCUUGGUGCUGGUGGUAACCCUGACAUUGGCAUGAAUGCUGCUAAAGAAAGCAAAGAAUCUAUAGAAGAGGCAGUUUAUGGAGCUGAUAUGGUCUUUGUUACAGCUGGAAUGGGUGGAGGAACUGGCACUGGCGGAGCUCCGGUUAUUGCUGGUGUUGCAAAGUCAAUGGGUAUAUUGACUGUUGGUAUUGUCACAACCCCUUUCUCAUUUGAAGGACGAAGGAGAGCUGUUCAAGCACAAGAAGGAAUUGCUUCUUUAAGAGAUAACGUUGACACUCUGAUCGUUAUUCCAAAUGACAAGCUGCUGACAGCGGUUUCUCCAUCUACCCCUGUAACCGAGGCAUUCAAUCUGGCUGAUGAUAUCCUUCGCCAAGGUGUUCGUGGCAUAUCUGAUAUUAUUACGAUACCAGGAUUGGUGAAUGUAGACUUUGCUGAUGUUCGAGCUAUAAUGGCCAAUGCAGGUUCCUCACUCAUGGGGAUAGGGACUGCAACUGGGAAAACAAGGGCUAGAGAUGCUGCAUUAAAUGCUAUCCAGUCACCCUUGCUUGAUAUUGGUAUAGAAAGGGCUACUGGAAUUGUGUGGAACAUCACCGGUGGAAGUGAUCUUACAUUGUUUGAGGUAAAUGCUGCAGCAGAGGUUAUAUAUGACCUUGUGGACCCUACUGCUAACUUAAUCUUUGGAGCAGUAAUAGAUCCAUCGCUCAGUGGACAAGUAAGCAUAACAUUAAUUGCAACUGGAUUCAAGCGGCAAGAGGAAAGUGAAGGAAGACCCACACAGGCCGGUCAACUCGCACAGGGAGAUGCCAUUGGUGUUGGUCGGCGAUCUUCCUCUUUCACCGACGGUAGUUUGGUUGAGAUCCCUGAAUUCUUAAAGAAGAAGGGUCGUUCACGCUAUCCAAGAGUUUAAUACCCAUUUCCUCCAACUUUGUAAUCUCUUACAUUAUCUUCACCACUGCAUCAGAUUUUUAGGUAUACAAAUAAUAUUAGUCUAGUAUUAGGUACGUGCUUUUUCCGGAGUUAGCAUUUAGGUUGCUAUUGUGAAUACUGUUGUUCAUGAAAGC